UAUCUUCGAGAGUUUACGGCUGUCACGUGACCUGCCUCCAUCUCCGUCGACCUACCACUGAAUAUUAUGAACCGUAACAUCACUGUGUACUGACUGCGUCUUCAAAAGUGCAUGCAAAAAAGUUUCAACAGGGAGGCUAUGUGAAACACAAACACGAAGAAUCCAACUUGACUCAAAGUAAGGCAGGGAAUAUUGGGAUUAUACACAGUCCACAGAAUGGGGAAGCUGCUUUUGUUUUUGUCGCUCGCAGCUCUGUGCCAAGCAGACCGCAUUCAUGUAGAGAAGAAAGAAUCGGGGCAUAAAACAAAACAGACGACAGUUGACGAUCGGGUCGAAGAAUUUCUCCGCCUUAACCACUACCCCGGCGGCGCCAUUGCUGUCAUGAAGCACGGCAAGCUCGUGCAUGCUAAAGGCUACGGGACAUUUGAAAAUGGACACAAAAUUCACGCGAGGAGUUUAUUCCCGGUGUCCAGCGUUUCAAAAUCUAUCACCGCCGUCGCCAUCUUAAAACUGGUUGAAGACGGAAAACUUGAUCUUGAGAGGACCGUUUUCGGUUCCUCCGGCGUUUUGCACUCCAUGACCCCUUAUUUGGGGAAAUUCAUAGACCCUCGCCUGACGGAUAUUACCGUGGAGCACCUCCUUCACCAUACGGCGGGCUGGGACGAGACGAAAGCGCCAGUCUACGAUCCCACGAUGAACUCCCUGUACAUAUCACUAAAACACAACGUGACUAAUAUUGCCAAGGUCGUUGGGGCCGUGGGGGACCUUGUGCCCUAUCACAUAUUGAAAUUUAUGAUGAAUCAAUCCUUACACUUCACACCAGGUACAAAAUAUCAGUACUCUAACUUCGGUUACAUGGUCCUCGGGCGAGUCAUCGAAGAGGUCACAGAUAUGGACUAUGACGAGUACGUGCAGGAGAAUAUCUUCACGCCUUGUGGGAUGUGGAAAACCAGGCUUGGCGCCCCAAAGUCACGCAGUCGAGGUGGUAAAUCUCGCAAAUCAAGGCUCCACAAGUUCCACUUCGACGAAAAGGAAACUAUUGUACAAACGAAAGACGGUACCAAGAAGGACGUUCACGAUAUUAUAUCUCCAUACACGUUGGAUUCUACGCUCGGUUGGCACUCCAAUGUAUACGAUAUGAUGCGGUUCCUGAUUUGCGUCGACGGAACAGGUCACAC